AUGGCCCUGGACCAGGCACAGCCACAGGGCCAAGACAUCGAUUUGUCGGCGCUAAGCUACGCUACAACCACCGGUUUCAAUGACAUUGUGGCGGAGCUACUAUACCGGGGGAGAGAGCAUCUGACGCGCGAGCACGCCAGCGGUGCUCUCUGGAUAGCUGUCGCAAAUCAGCAUGAGAACAUCGCCGAGCUUCUCCUAACGGGGAAAGCGAACUCUGAUCUCAGGGACGAUGAAGGAGAUACGCCUCUCCUUUGGGCCGCUAUCGCGGGAAACAAAGAGAUGGUUGAGCUACUACUCUCAACGGGGAAAGCAAACCCCGAUGUCAGCGACAACGACGGGAACACGCCUCUCUUUUCGUCUCUUUUGCAGGAUGCUCAGAAGGCAAGGAUGGCUAGAUACAUGGACUGUACCUUCACUGUGAGUUUAGGUGCGCUACUGUUUGUCCGUAAUCUCCGCCACUCGCCGGUGAAUAUCCUGUAUGAGACACCUUCGGCGACCUCGACCCCUCAAGGACAGUCAGUCAGUAUCUCAGGAUUAUCAACUCUAAGAUGCAAAUUAUGA